GUUUGAUUGAUCCUAUAUUUCCUGUGGUGUGAUAGUGUAACAGACAGAAAGCAAACAGACAGAAAGCAAACAGAGAGAAGGAAAAAGCAAAGGGUGCUUAGUAAAGGUUGUGUCAAGGGACUAACUAUGCCGAACCAAUGUACAAUGGCUUCAUUUCCUGUAUAAAUACAGCCUCCGCCUACCUGCUGUAUAUGCUCAUCAUUUCUUACUCCCAUCACUAUGGCCCACCCACAAGAGCCCCCAAUUCUUGACUUCUCUGUCUUCUACGGUAGCGACUGUCAAGCGAAAACCAAGCUAGUACAAAUUGUCCGGGAGUGUUGCUUGAAAAAUGGCUUCUUCCAAAUCACCGGCCACCGCAUCUCCCGGGAGCUGCAGCGCCGUACGAUGAGCUGCGUCUAACGCUUCUUCGACCUCCCGCUCGAGGAGAAAUUGAAGAUUGAUCGAAAACUGCUGCAGACGCGCGUUUGACGACGUGGUCGUGCAGGAUCUUGUACUCCCGGCCGGUGAGGCACAGACGGAG